AUGUCCCGUUUUGUCCGCAACUCCAAGUUCCGCCACGUCUUCGGCACCGCUGCCAAGAAGGACCUGUGCUUCGAUGGUGUUCGCCCCUCUCGCACUGCCCAUGACACCAACCUGAUCAAGGCCAACUCCCAGUACCUCGGUGUCUGCUGGGAGGCCGGUGGUGGUGGUGCCUUCGCCGUCUUCGACCAGACCAAGGAUGUCGGCAAGGUUUCUCCCACCCCCCCUCUGUUCACCGGCCACAAGGCCGCCGUCCUGGACCUGGACUUCCACCCCUUCAACGACUACCUGAUUGCCUCCGCCUCCGAGGACUGCACCGUCAAGAUCUGGCAGAUCCCCGAGGAGCUCAAGGAGAGCCAGGACACCCCCCUGUCCACCCUCGCCGGCCACAAGCGCCGUGUCGGUGCCGUCCUCUUCCACCCCACCGCCGACAACACCCUCGCCACCGUCGGCGGUGACCUUGUCAUCAAGCUGUGGGACAUUGAGGCUGGCGUGGCCAAGGUCGACAUUGAGGCCCACCACACCGAUCUGAUCAACUCCAUUGACUUCAACUACAACGGUAACCUCAUGGUCACCAGCUGCCGUGACAAGCAGCUCCGCAUCUUCGAUGUCCGCUCCGGCAAGCUCGUCCAGCAGACCGAGUCCCACCAGGGUGUCAAGGGCUCCCGCUGCCUGUGGCUCGGCGACUCCAACAAGAUCGCCACCACCGGUUUCUCCCGUGCCUCCGAUCGCCAGAUGGCCAUCCGUGAUGUCAACGACCUGGACAACCCCAUCUACUCCGACAACCUGGACACCUCCGCCGGUAUGCUGAUGCCCUUCUACGAUGAGGACUGCCACAUCCUCUACCUGGCCGGCAAGGGUGACACCACCAUCCGCUACUUCGAGGUCACCGACGAGAAGCCCCACAUCCACCACAUCUCCAACUACUCCGGCUCCGACCCGUCUCGUGGUGUGGCUUUCGUCCCCAAGCGCGCCGUCAACGUCAACGAGGUUGAGAUCGGCCGUGCCUACCGCCUGACCACCUCCUUCAUUGAGCCCAUCUCCUUCAAGGUCCCCCGCAAGUCGGAGCUCUUCCAGGAUGACCUCUUCCCCGAGGCCACCUCCGGCGAGGCCCCCAUGUCCUGCGCCGAGUUCUUCGGCGGCAAGUCCGUCGAUGGCCCCAAGAAGAUCAGCCUCGAGAACGGCUUCGUCCCCGGCGCUCGCAAGGAUGUCUCCUUCAAGUCCGUCCUCACUGAGGAGGUCAAGGAUGACACCCCCAAGAACGAGAAGGAGUACCGCGAGGCCUGGGCCAAGCUCAAGGCCGAGGUCACCGACCUCCAGAACAAGCUCACCCAGAAGGACAUCCAGAUCCGUGUCCUCGAGCAGAAGAUCACCACCCUGGAGGGCGGCAACUAA